AUGAAGCACAUCGAUAUCCACAUCAUUCAGUAUCACGCCCUUAGUUUUGAGUAUCUUAUGCAAUCUGAACUACUCCACGAUGCGUCGCAGGCUGUCUCCACCGCAACUCAGCUCGCGAUGCGGGCCCGGCUCAAUGAAGAGGGAGCCUGGGAGGUUUCGGACGAACAGGACGUGCGCAACCGAAAGGAGUUAUGGUGGACGAUAUAUUUUCUCGAUCGCAAAAUAUCCCAACGAACAGGCAGCCCGUAUCUCAUUCACGACACCGAGGUCGCGGUGUCGGAUUUUUCGCUGUCCUCGACUGCCGGAACCGAUCGAUAUAUGCAGGCGCUGGUAGACUUGGGCAAACUAUGGUCUCUAAUUUGGGAUACCUUCUUUGCUGCUGCCGCUUCAAAGCCUAUGGACUGGAAGGAAAUUGAGGUUAUGGACACCCGCAUUUUGGUGGUCCAGCGAGAUCUUCCGAGCGUACUGGCCUGGGAAACAGAUCUCCUGGAUCAAUUGUACUUGGCUGAACGAGAGCCAGAGCCACUUGUCAGUCGCCGGCUGGCAAUCUUCAUUAGACUGAACCUCUUACGCCUGAUCAUUCGACAGAACCCGAUCCAGACGCGUCAGGGUACCAAAUGCCACAGUCUUUGUGUCUCGCUUGCCGCUCAGACGGUGGAUGCCAUUGCUGCCUUCACUGAGAGAUGCCCUAGUAUUAUCCCCUGUGGCUUUUUCUUUAGGACCGCGUUGCUGGAAUGUAUCUAUCACCUUAUCCUAGCCACGCGGGCGACACCGAGCGAGGAGCAACGCAGAACCAGCAUCAGGCCGUUCCAGCUCGCCUACCAACUUCUCGAGUAA